AUGCUGUGUCGUCAGAGUUUCUCCACUGUUAUAUCAUUGCUUCCCAAGAGCAGUAUAUGUUCUGUACAAAAUAUACCAAAACAUAGUCCGGAUAUUAUGAGAGGUUCAGUGUGUUUUUAUAGUACUUCUGAAGUGAAACCCAAGAAAGCACCACAGAGCAGCCGGUACAAACUUGUGGUGGUUGGCGGUGGAACAGGAGGAUGUGCUGUGGCAUCAAAGUUUGCUUCUUUGGGCAAGGAGUGUGUUGUUGUUGAACCAAGUGAUCUUCAUUACUAUCAGCCCCUGUGGACCCUGGUGGGUGCAGGACUCAAGGGAUUCCGGUUAUCAGUACAGCCCAUGAGAGAAGUUCUACCAAAGACUUGCGAUUGGAUCAAAGAAAAAGCUGUCACGUUCAACCCUAAAGAAAACUAUAUUGUAUUGGAGUCUGGAGCAAAAAUUGAGUACCAGUAUCUAGUAGUGGCCAUGGGGAUCCAGCUCGACUAUGACAAGGUGAGAGGUGCUCUGGAUGCCCUAGAGAAUGAUCCAGUGGUUGCUUCCAUCUACCAUCCAAAGUGGGUCCACAAAACAUUUCCGGCUCUCCAAGAGUUUAAAGGAGGCAAUGCCGUCUUCACCUUUCCCAACACACCUAUCAAGUGUGCUGGGGCCCCUCAGAAGAUCAUGUAUCUCUCAGAUGAGAUCUUCAGAAUGCUGGAUGUCCGAGACAAGACAAGUGUGAUCUAUAACACUGCACUGGGUGUUAUAUUUGGUGUGAAGAAAUAUGCUGAUGCUUUGUUGAAAGUUGUAGAUAAAAGAGACAUCAAAGUAAACUAUAAACACAACCUUGUUGAGGUCAACCACAAGACCAGAACAGCAACAUUUGAAAACUUGGAUGACAACAGUAAACAGGUGUACUUUCAGUACGACUUUCUUCACCUGACACCCCCGAUGUCAAGUCCUGAUGUUCUGAAGAAAAGUCCUCUGGCAAACGAAGGAGGCUGGGUAGAUUUGCACAAACACACCCUGCAGCAUGUCAAGUUCCCUAAUGUCUUCGGUCUAGGAGAUUGCACCAGCCUGCCCACAUCGAAGACUGCAGCUGCAGCUGCUUCCCAGUGUGGGAUUCUUCACAAGAACCUGUCGGCAGUCAUGUCUGGGAAGCCGACUGUACCACUGUAUGAUGGCUACACCUCCUGCCCUCUAGUCACCAGCAGUAAACACUGUAUCCUGGCAGAGUUUGACUACGAAGGCCAGCCCCUGGAGACCUUACCUUUCAACCAGGCAAGGGAGAUGAGGUUGAUGUACAACAUGAAGGCCCAUCUGCUGCCUGCUUUAUACUGGAACGGCAUGCUGAGGGGUAGAUGGAAUGGGCCAUCAUUUGUGAGGAAACUCCUGCAUUUAGGAUUGGGAAGGAAGCCAAACCUGCCCUCAAGCUGA